AUGACGCUGGGGGUACACCCGCACAGCGCUGCAGCUUUGAGCAACAUAACAUUGAAUCGAUGUCUACAACUCUUGGAAUUAAAUUUCUCCCAAACGGAUCUUCCACCGGAAUGUCUCUCGGCCCUCGAGAACGGCACAGACGCCACUCUCAACGGGACAGCCAUGACUUUUGAAUUGCCCGCUUGGCAGCAGCUAUCGUUCAUUAUGUGUUUUUCUCUAAUUGUAUUCGCUGGUGCUGUGGGUAACGCGAUCGUCAUCUGGAUUGUGCUCGCUCACCAGAGGAUGCGCAGCGUUACCAACUACUUCCUCGUGAACUUAUCUGUGGCUGACAUGACUACAGCGAUGUUCAACGUGAUUUUCAACGCAGUUUUCAUGAUGCAUUCACACUGGCCUUUCGGCCAGACGUAUUGCAAGGUCACGAACUUUAUUUCCUUGCUCACCGUUUCAUCUUCGGUCUUCACAAUCACAGCCAUGAGUAUUGACAGGUGUAUCGCCAUCUAUAAGCCGCUGUCGCAUCGAAUGUCUCGCAAGUGCGCGCUCAUAAUCAUAGCUCUGAUAUGGUUUGUGAGCGUAGUCAUUGCUCUGCCGGGCUACGUUUUCGCGGAUACCAGUACUUAUCCUCCUCAGAACGAUCGCGUCGUCUGCAGCCUCCUGUUUCCGGCUUUGGGGAGCUUCACAUCGGAACAAGUGGAUUUUGUAUAUAACGUCGUUUUCAUGAUCGUGACGUACUUCAUACCGAUGUUUACCAUGGCGAUAGCGUACUCGAUCAUGGGUCAUGUACUUUGGAGAAGCAAAGGAAUCGGUGAACAGACUGAGCGUCAGAAAGAAGCCAUACGCUCUAAACAAAGAGUGGUUCGGAUGCUUGUGGUGGUCGUUCUGAUUUUCGCUGUGUGUUGGCUCCCAUAUCACCUAUACUUCAUCUUCACGUGCCUAGAUCCGGCGGUUACAUAUUCGUCAUGGGCUCAGCCGUUGUACCUCAUAAUCUAUUGGCUAGCGAUGUCCAAUUGCAUGUACAAUCCUUUCAUCUACUAUUGGAUGAAUUCCAGAUUUCGGAGUUACUUCCGCUUUGUCCUCUGUUAUUGCUGCAACCUCGGCAGCGGCUUGGGGCACAAAUGCAGCGAGGUCGAACGACUCCAAAGCGACUGGACGUUCAACAACAACAGCCCGCAUCGCCGAACUCUAAAGAGCCAGACGGGUACGGAAUGCCUCGUGCUCACUGCCGUGCAUAGAAACGGCGCUUAUCAGAGGGGGCAUCAGGCGAGGAAAGCCAACGACGCUAGCCCGCUGAGACCCGCCGUGCAUAAAGCUCCGGAAGACAAGCUGCGUCUAGAAGAGUAG